AUGGUUUCUGGACAGCUCAAAGGGAAACCACUUAGCCUGGUUAUUGGUCUGAUUGGAGCUGUUGGCUUUGUGCUCCAAGGCUAUGAUCAGGCGGUUUCUAAUGGGCUGUUGACGCUGGGCUCGUUCAUCGCGGUCUUUCCUCAGAUCGACACCGUGCAUACCACUGGCAGUCAGAAAUCUCACAAUUCUACCAUCCAAGGAACAACGGUUGCCAUUUAUGAGGUUGGGUGUGCACUCGGGGCUGGUUCCUGUGCUUUUCUGGGUGACAGGCUGGGCCGUCGCAAGACCAUCUUUCUUGCCGGCUGCAUCGCUCUGGUUGGUGUCGUCAUCCAGUCGACUCCUUUUGCGCUUGGCCAACUUAUUGCUGGUAGAGUGAUCACUGGUCUGGGAGUGGGUGGUUUCACAGCCACGAUCCCCAUGUAUGUUUCCGAGUCAUCCUUGGCCAAGGCUCGUGGACGAAUGGUGCUACUCGAGGGGUGGUUUGCUAUUGGCGGCAUUGUGCUCGCGACAUGGCUGGAAUUCGGACUUUACUAUGUCGGUGACAACUCAGUCAGCUGGCGCUUCCCCAUUGCCUUCCAAGGCCUCUUCGCCCUUAUAGUUGUCGGCUGCAUCAUGCUACUUCCUGAAUCACCUCGCUGGCUUGCACGAGCUGGAAGAUUGGAAGAGGCCGCCGCAGUGUUGGCUCGCAUAGAAGAUGUUUCCGUUGACUCCGAGCACGUAUUACAAGAGAUGGAUAUCAUCCGCCAAUCACUGGUGAUGGACCAAAAUGCUGAGUCGUCGGGUUCCUCUUCGCCUUUUGCGCUCACUAAAAACCGACAUCUGCAUCGUACAAUCCUCGCCGUCGGUGUCAACAUUCUGGCCCAAAUGACAGGAGUCAACAUCAUUACUUUCUACUCUGAUACCAUAUUUGAAGGUGACCUGGGGUAUUCAGGUACCCUGUCACGAAUCAUCACCGGGUGUCUACAGAUCUGGCAGUUCAUCGCAGCUGGUCUGGCAGUACUGCUUAUUGACCGUGUUGGGCGUCGACCGCUAUUCAUCGCCGCUGCUGUGGGAAUGACUGUCGCCCAAGCUUGCUUGGCUGGGCUAUCAAGUGAUUUGGGAAACAAAUCUGCGGCUGGAGCUUCCCUCUUGUUCUACUUUAUGGCGCUCUUCUGUUUCCCCAUCGGUCUCUUCCUGGUUCCGUUCAUGUACGCAGCAGAGAUCGCCCCUCUGCGUACUCGUGCUCAAGUGACGGCCAUGUCAGCCGCAGCGAACUGGCUCUUCAAUUUCGUGCUGGCUGAGGUUAGCCCUGUCGGAUUCGCCACGAUUAGCUGGCGGUACUACAUCAUCUACGCAUGCAUUAGCGCAUUUGCGUGCAUCUUCUUCUACUUCCUCUGUCCCGAGACCAAGGGUCGCACGCUUGAGGAGAUUGACGACAUAUUUGUCCAGUCAAAGUCUGUACUCGAUACAGUUCGUGUUGCUCGUCAAAUGCCUUAUCAGGCAGAGAUUUUGGCCCAUAUUGAUGAGACGGAAAAGGGUAUUGAUGAAAAGCAGGUCGAGCAUGCUUAA